CCCGGCACUACUAUAACAGCUCGAUCCAUAAAAGUGAUGGCACGCAUCAUGCUUGUGCCUCUCAAUCCUGCGUGCAGCUCUUUUUUCCGCAUCCUCCUCCUCCUCCUACACAACCACUAUGGCCUUCAAAUUGUCCACCUCCCAACCAUCCCCAAGCAUGCGCUCCCUAGUAUCCCGUGCCUCGAGAACUCCCGUCAUUCGCGCUCGGGGUCUUGCAACUGUGCCAUUCCGACUCCCUGCGGCCAAAAAUGAGCCGAACUUGGAUUACACCAAAGGUUCCCCGGAAAGAGCACAGAUCGAGAAGGCUCUGAAGAAGCUCAGGUCAAACCUUCCACUCGAAAGCUCGGCAUUCAUCAAUGGCAAGGCUCAGUCUGUUUCGAAGGCCUUACAACAGCCUCUUCCAGCGGGACACGCCACCACCUUUACCAACUACCCACUCCUGACACCCACGGAAAUAAACGCAGCAAUCGGUUCUGCCUUGGAGGCAAAGGAGGAAUGGCAGAAUACCCCUUUCGUGGAUAGGGCAGCCAUUUUCCUUCAAACGGCAGAGCUGGUGAUGGGCAAAUACCGCUAUGAGCUUAUCGCGGCUACAAUGCUGAGACAAGGGAAGAACGUGUGGCAGGGUGAAAUUGAUGCUGCCGCUGAGCUGGCGGACUUCUCCCGCACCGACGGAAUGUGGACGUAUACGUGUCGACUAUCGGCCUUUGGGGGAUUCGUCUAUGCCGUUUCGCCCUUCAACUUCACUGCCAUUGGUGGAAACCUCAUCAGUGGUCCAGUCCUUAUGGGCAAUGAUGUCCUGUGGAAGCCCUCCCCUUCCAAUGUUUAUGCCAGCGCGUUGGUCUACAAGAUUCUUCUCGAGCCUGGAUUGCCUCCCAAUGUGGUUCAGUUUGUGACUGGUGAAGCCCAAGAGAUCACUCAGACGGUGCUUAGCCAUCGAGAAUUCUCCGGUCUCAACUUCAUUGGCUUAUCGGAUGUUUUCCGUUCUUUGUACGCCCAGGUCGGCGAGAACAUCGGCAAGAAGGUUUACCGGGACUACCCCCGUUUGGCUGGUGAGACAAGUGGCAAGAACUUCCACCUGGUCCACCCCACUGCCGAUAUCGACAGUGCUGUCUACCAUACCCUCCGCGGCGCGUUCGAAUAUCAGGGACAGAAGUGUUCGGCCACCUCUCGGCUGUAUCUACCGGAGUCUCGGGCUGAAGAAUUCUUAACCAAACUCAAGACCCAAAUCAACGAAAUCCCCAUUGGGUUCCCCGAAGAUCUGGUGGCUUUCAUGGGCCCCGUCAUCCACCAGGCAUCGUUCGAGAAGGUCAAGUCGGUCAUCGACGCCAGCAACAAGGAUUCAUCAUUGGAGCUCAUUGCUGGUGGUACAUACGACGAUUCAACCGGAUACUUCGUCCACCCCACCGUAUACAAGGCCAAGAAUAUCGACCACAACUUGUUCGAGCAGGAGAUUUUCGGACCAGUCCUGGCAGUCUACGUGUACCCUGACGCGGAGUGGUCUUCUACUCUGAAGAAGGUUGACCAGGGUGGCGGUGGCUUUGCCUUGACUGGGUCUGUGUUUGCUGCUGAUCGGCACUGUAAAACCACCGCCGCGUUGAUCGGACAGCAAUCGCUUGGUGGCAGUCGUGCUAGCGGGACCAACAACAAGGCGGGCAGCGUGACUGCCCUGUUGCGAUUCGCUAGCCCCCGAACCAUCAAGGAGGAGUUCUUCCCUCUGGAGGGAUUCCGAGGCAGUCGCACAUCAUCGCAGAUACCUAUGAUAUCAGACAAUACCAACAUCUCCAUCUCCGUCUUCAAGAAAGCCACCCAGACGCUAGGCCACUUCUACGCCUCCAUCCGCGACCACCCCAUGUUCCAGAAAACGCCCACAAAGAUCAUAUCCCGACAGGACAUCGUCGACGUGGUGUGGCAGCUCGACGGGCCUUUUCCGGGGUAG